ACAAAAUCCCAAAAAAAAAAAAAAAAAAACGUAGCAACUACUAUUUGUUUGAAUUGAAUUUUAUAUUUUCAAAAAUACUGGCCAACCAUAUGCUAAAUUGUGUUUUUGACUUUGUAUCAACUUCUUAAUGGAUGUGAUGCUUUGAGAUAUACUUUUUAUUUUUUUUUAUUUUGCUGCCUAGAGGAAGAAUGAAGAAUAUAUUAUGGGUUUAAGAGCCACUGAUUUGAGUUAUAACUUUGCUAGUAACUGAAAUUUUACAACAAACUUCUUAUUAUGUACUACUGUUUUCAAUGAUCAAUUCUCAAAAGUUUCUCAUCCAAAUCUAUAUUUUUCAUCAAUCAUGACAUAGAUUGAUAACUACAAUGAUUUUCACCUUAAACAAGAAGCUUAGACCUCAUCCAAACUUUUUAUUUUUUAUUUUUUGAGAAAUUGACUUCAUCCAAACUUAAAUUGAUGAGAUAGCUACAAUUGGGAUGUUUCUAUUUGUGUUCAUUUGCAUUAGAUUAAUAGGUUGUGUCAAGGUUGUUUACAGGCCUUAAUUAUGAUUAGGGGUCCCCGUCCUCCCCACCAUAAACAGUCAACGCUAGAUCGUAUUACACUUGGAGGUAGUACCAGUAGCUUCCCCUACACCUGUCCUCCGCUUUAUCCUCAUAGUCAUGGCCACAGUUUUGGACCUAUUUGGUUUUGGACUCAACUAGUCCACUAAAUAUUCAUGAAAUGAUUUUUAAAAAUAAAUAAAUAAAGGACAAAUUUGUAAAAUCACAGCCAGAGGUUACACUCCUUGGCUUCUAUAAAAGCCAUGACAAACUCGAUUUCUUCCUCCGCCGCACGAGUUCGAGAGACCUAACACAGUUGAUGUUUUCUUCAUCUCCUUCGAUCUGGAGUAAUAUGACUGUGAGACAGGUUGUUAGGGUUAAGAUACCCAACCUGACACACUUUUAUGGUUGUGAAAUUUUUCACUUUCACAACCGGACUGUGAAGUGUGUCAGUUUGGAUAUCUUGACCCUGACACCCAGGGUCACAAUUAUCCCCAGUUUACACGGGCUCUCAUCCACCAUCUUCCAGCCCAAACCUGUUUGCCUCCCAAGAAAAUAGAUAAAGAAAAACUUAUUUAUUUUUUAAUUCUAUUGUUUCACGGUACUUUGAAUUUCGUUAAUGUUUGGUGCACUUUUUUUUAUCUUUUUAAUGCAUAUUGGGUUUAUACGGGAGGGGUUGAUUUGCUUCUUUUCAUUCUGUUUUUACCGAUGAGCUAACUGAAACGGGCAGAUUUACUUGAGAAGAGAUUUUUAAUUAUUUUAAUAUUUUGGCUUGAGAUUUACUUGAGAAAUAUGAGAUCUCGUUCCGAUUUUAUUAGCUGAGGUAAUUGGAACUAGUAGAUUUACCAGAUUUUAAUUAUUUUUAAUAUUUUCUUCCUAAGUGGAAGAAAAGUAUGAGAACCGUAAUUUUUGUAUUUUAAUUUUUUUUUAUUUUUUAUAGUUGAGAAAUAGAGUCAUACUUUGGAUAUUAAUAAAAAAUAAUAAGAAGAAUGGAGAGGUUAAUGUAACUUAAAGAUGGUUAGUUGAGUGAGUAGUGAAGGCUAUAUUAGAUAAUAGAAUAAUUGGUUAAUAUUAAUUAAAAAAUGAUCUAUUAAUAUAAUAUAAUUGAACCCAUUGAUUUAAGCUUUUGGGGUAGGUAAUGUUUCUAUACCUAAUUAUAAGUACUACUAAUUUGUUUUGAUAGUUCGAAAGAGUGGAUUUUCUUUGUCUUCUAUCUGUUUAUAGAAAUGCUUCAUGGUUCAUCCGAAAGUGCUAUAGAUAAAGGUAAAAGUUAGUUAAAAUAGUACCGUAAGACUUAUAAAUACUACUAAAAAUUGCAAUGGGGCCUAUAAAUAUUUGUAAAAAUAAGCUGAAUAGUGAAAUAAUUUUCAUUUUUCAUCUGUUCCCAAACGCAUACUAAGUAUGCUUAAGUUGAAAAUUUUGUUCAUAGCUUCAGGGAUGGUUGUUAGUUCCAGAUUUGAAAUGUAUCCUUGGCUUAUAAUUACUUAUUUGUAAUACUUGGCCGGUCCAUAUUCCCCUAGGCCCUCAUUUCUUUGAGAAUAUAUCCAGUUUUGGAGUUGAAGUACAUCUCCUUCAUUAGUGUCAGAUCCAUUACUUGCUGAAAGUUGUAAUGUCAUUACUGCGUGGAAUAUUGAUUUUGUGGCCUAUAAGGGAGUCUGUGUUGCUUCUACACAUCAUUUCUAAGCGUUUCCUAUAUAAAAAGUAUGACCAGCUCUUUGUCACAUGGCUAAUGCAGAAAAUACAAGCUGGUAAAUUUUUUAACUCUGCUGUUUCCUUGUUUUUAUCUUGUCGUAUAUAAAUCCUCGAAGUCCCAUACUUUUUGUGCUCAACCAGCCAGUAGGAGAUGUCGGUGACACAAAAUCAAUGUCCCAGUGGUAUCAGGUGUUGAUGAUUGGACCUUCUCUAUGAGUUGAUUUACAUAGGAAAUCCAAUGCAGUAUUGUGAAUGAGGUGUGAAAUUUGUUUGGGUAACUAUUUCUAGUAUUGUGAACAUAGAGACUUCUAUAUUUGAUCUGUUCCUUAACUUAUAAAAAUGCAACAGAAAGAUAACCAAGAGACUUGUAACUUGUUUGGUUGGCAUCUCCUACUGUUUCCAACGGAGACAUUUAGAUAUCAAAUCCCCUCUCCUCUGUUGUAACUAUCCAAAAAAAAAAGAAAAUUGUAAUGGUAAGAUUGUUUAUUAUGAUUGUGCGUGUAACAGGGUGUUCUUCUUUCUGGACCUCCUGGAACUGGGAAAACACUCUUUGCAAGGACAUUGGCAAAGGAAAGUGGUUGCCCUUUGUUUUUGCUUCUGAUGCAGAGUUUACAGAUAUUGAAAAAAGUGGUGCAGCACGGAUCAAUGAGAUGUUUUCUAUUGCAAGGAGAAAUCCCGGGAAAUUCAUCAUCCCACAAAUUACUCCAGCCAUUUUUCCCAUCUGAAUCCAAAAGACACUCCUGGGCAAGAAGAAAACCGAACUUUCUUUUACAACUCUCCUAAAGUCUUGAAAUUUUCAGUUCUUUCAAUCACAAAUGAUGGAUCCACCCAGCUCAAUCCCUUCAAACCGUCCAUGGAUGACCAUUGAAAGCCCAAUGGAGGCCAGGAUGAUGGAUAUUUCUUGUCAAAACAAGGAUACCGUGAAUGAUUGUACCCCAAAGGUUGGUAUGGAGUUUGAUACGUUAGAGGCAGCUUGGAUGAUUUGGAAAAAUUAUGGAAAACAAAUGGGGUUUAGUGUUCGAAAGCAUUAUACAAAUAAAAGUAAGAUAGAUGGAGAAAUAACAUCGAGAAGAUUUUUGUGUUCUAAAGAGGGUAGUCAUAAGCCUGAUAAACGAGAUCAUCUGACCAGUCAACCUCGACAAGAAACAAGGACUAAUUGUCUAGUACGAUUGGGUGUUUCAUUAGUUCGUGAGACCGGAAAGUACAAGGUGUACGAUUUUGUAUCGGAGCACAACCAUGUUUUUCAUCUUGCAGCAACUACUUUCAUGAUGCGAUCAGAACGAAAGAUGUCUGAUGUCCAAGCUUUUGCUAUUGAUUUAGCUUAUGCUUCUGGAAUUAAGCCUAAGGAGAUACAUGAGUUAAUGAGUAGAGAGGCUGGUAGAAGGGCUAAUCUUGGCUACACUGGAAUUGAUCAAAAAACUAUCUUCGAACUAGAUGACAACAAAGCUUGAUAUAUGGUGAAGCCGGUAGUUUAUUAAGGUAUUUUCGACAACAAUUCAUAAUCCAUCAUUCCAUUAUGAUGUACAGUUGGAUAUCGAGAAGCAAAUAACUAAUAUAUUUUGGGCUGAUGCUAAAAUGAUAAUUGAUUAUGCCCAUUUUGAUGAUGUUUUUAGUUUUGACACUACAUUUGGCACAAACAAAGAAUUUAGACCUUUAGCUGUGUUUAUUGGUUUCAAUCACCAUAGAGAGAUGGUGAUUUUUGGGGCUGCACUUUUAUACGAUGAGACAGCCGAAUCAUUCAAAUGGCUUUUUGAGAGUUUUUUAAAAGCAUAUGGUGGUAGAAAGCCUAAAUCUAUCUUUACUGAUCAAGAUUUUGCUAUUGCAAAGGCAUUAGCUGAGGUGAUGCCGGAGACCUAGCAUAGAUUAUGUACUUGGCACAUAAUGCAAAAUGGAAUCAAGAAAUUGGGAAAUUUGAUGAAGGAUGGCUCAUUGUUCCUCCGAAACUUUAAAGACUACAUGUAUAAGUAUGAGAAUGAGAGUGAAUUUGAAGAAGCUUGGAAUAAAAUGAUUCAAACCUAUACAAUUAAGGAUCUUGGUUGGUUAAAUGGUAUAUACAAAUUGAAGGAAAAAUGGGCUAACUGUUACAUGAAGAGGGCAAUUACUUUGGGAAUGCGAAGUACUCAGCUUAGUGAAAGUUUGAAUGGGGAUUUGAAAGAUUACUUGAAAUCAGAUUUGAAUAUGGAUGAUUUUUUUGAGCAUUUUGAGAUGGUGGUAGGGCAGAAGCGGGAUAAAGAGUUAAAGGCUGAGUAUAAUGCUAGGGAAAAAUUGCCUCCUUUGUGCUUGAAGAAUUCACCUUUAUUGAAGCAAGCAUCACAGGUGUAUACCUCUACAAUAUUUAAAGUGUUCCAAAAUGAGUAUGACUAUGCAUCAGCUGCAAUAAUAGAAGAUCGGAAUUGUAGCCAGCCAAUGCAUGAAUAUACUGUUGUGCUUUUUGAGAAAGUUGGAGAAUAUAAAGUAUUGUGUAGUCCUAUUAGUAGGACAAUCUCAUGCAGUUGUAGGAAGUUUGAAACAUUUGGGAUUUUGUGUUGUCAUGCUUUGAAGGUUUUUGACAUACUUGAUAUAAAGAUAAUUCCUGAUGCUUACAUUUUGAAGAGAUGGACAAGAGAAGCAAAAAAUGGGUAUGUCAUAGAUAGUAUUGGGAAGGAUGUCCAUGGGGAUGUUAACUUAAAAGUUACACAAUUGUAUAGAAGAUUAUGUUCCAGGUUAGUUAGAUUAACCUCACGAGCUGCUGAAAUCGAAGAAGCAUAUGAUUUGGUAGAGAGUGUUACAAAGGAAUUAGAAAAGCAGGUUGAAGAUAUUGCCAUGAAAUUUUCAAGUGUGAGUCUUGAUAAUUCUAAAGAUCAAAUGUCAUUGGGUGGUUGUGAAAUUGUGGAUCAUGGAGAACAUAUAAAGAAUUUAGUUGAAAAGGUUAAAGGCCUCAAAAAGAAAGAAAGUUGUAAGGGUCGAAAAAGAUGUAAAAGUUGGGUUGAACAACAAUCAAGGAGAAAGAAAAGAACUUCAACGAAAGAUACUGUUAGACAACAAUUAUCCAAGGAAAACAAUACCUCUUCUCUCAUAAAUUACAAUAACUCUAUCUCACCUGUGCAAUGCUAUUCACAUGAGAAAACUAAUCAGGCACCUAAUUCAAUGGCAUGGAUGACAUAUGAAGGUCUCCAGGGAAAUAGAUGCCAAAACAGUUUCAUUGAAUCAUUAACGGGAAUGGAUGUUGGGUUUGAUCAAGCACAAGUUCCUUUGGGUGACACAACAAAUAAUUAUGAUGCUCACAUGAAUUUUCUUGGUAUGUGAUUUUGAUGCUGCAAAUGCUAUGGAUGUUGUAAAAAGAGAAGAGGAGAUAGGCCUUUGUUAAUGCCGCCAAUGUUACAUUUUUCUUUUGUUAAGAUUGUCCUUGUUGUAAAAGAGAAGAGGGGAUAGGCCAUUGUUAAUGCUGCCAAUGUUACAUUUUUCUUUUGUUAAGAUUGUCCCUUUAUAGAAUAAGGGAUCGGCCUUUGAUAUGUAGCAUUUUCCCUUCUUUAAAACAAUUGUACCUUGUGCAAAGUUGAAACUUCUAGAUUUUAAAUCAAUAUUAUUGGCAA